GUCGCGUGACGUCACUUCCGCGAGCUGGAAGGUGACGGGCAGGCACGUCGCGUCUCCCGGGUGGCGGUGCGGAGGAAUCUGGACAGCUGGUCUCGGAGACGUUGAAGCGGCGCGCCGAGCUGCGCGUGCGCCCUGUCCUUCCGGCCGUACUCGGAGCUCCCUCGGGCAGUGAUGGUUUGUCUCCACGUGAAGCGGGGCGACGAGAGCCAGUUUCUGCUGCAGGCGUCCGGAAGCACCCCGAUAGAGGAGCUCACCCUGCAGGUCACCAGGAUCUACAAUGGGAGGCUCAAGGUGGAGCGCAUCUGUUCAGAAAUUGAAGAACUAGCAGAACAUGGCAUAUUUCUGCCACCUAAUAUGCAAGGACUAACAGAUGAACAAGUUGAAGACCUGAAAUUAAAGGAUGAAUGGGCUGAAAAAUGUGUACCAAGUGGGGGCUCAGUGUUCAAGAAGGAUGAAAUUGGACGAAGAAAUGGUCAUGCUCCAAAUGAAAAAAUGAUGCAAGUUUUGAAGAAGACUGUAGAAGAAGCUAAAGCAUUAAUAUCUAAGAAACAAGUGCAAGCUAAUGUAUGUGUUACUAUGGAGAUGGUGAAGGAUGCACUCGACCAGCUUCGAGGAGCUGUAAUGAUUGUUUAUCCAAUGGGAUUGCCACCAUAUGAUCCAGUUAGAAUGGAGUUUGAGAAUAAGGAAGAUUUGUCAGGAACUCAGGCUGGGCUUCAGAUCAUUAAUGAAUCAGAGGCACAAAUGUGGUGGGCAGCAAAGGAGUUAAAAAGAACUCAGAAACUUUCAGACUAUGUAGGGAAAAAUGAGAAAACUAAAAUCAUUGUCAAGCUUCAGCAAAAAGGUCAAGGAGCUCCAGCCCGGGAGCCUGUUAUAAGCAAUGAAGAACAAAAACAGAUGAUGUUGUAUUAUUACAAAAGGCAGGAGGAACUCAAGAAAUUGGAAGAAAAUGAUGAUGAUUCCUGUCUGGAUUCUACAUGGGCAGACAAUACUGCUUUAAAGAAACAUUUUCAUGGUGUAAAAGACAUAAAGUGGAGACCAAGAUGAAUUCCAUAUU